AUGUCGAAUAAAGGUCUCGUCGUGAUCACUGGUGCAAGUUCUGGUAUCGGUGAAGCAGCAGCUCGAUCGUUUUCUCAAGCCGGCCAUCCGUUACUACUACUCGCUCGCCGUCUUGAACGUCUAGAAGCAUUGAAACUACCCAACACAAUCUGCGAAAAGGUGGAUGUUACCGACCGUGAUCAAAUUAAAUCAGCUGUUGAGAAAGCCGAAAAACAAUACGGUCCAGUCGAUUGUUUGGUCAAUAAUGCAGGUGUGAUGUUAUUAGGUCAAUGCGAUACCCAAGAUCCGAAAGAAUGGGAGCAAAUGGUACAAGUUAACAUCAUGGGUGUUCUCAAUGGUAUUCAUGUUGUUCUUGCUGGAAUGAAAACACGUCGUCAUGGAACAAUAAUCAACGUUAGUUCGGUUGCUGGACGAAAGACGUUUCCUAAUCAUGCUGUUUAUUGUGGCACGAAAUUCAGUGUGCACGCAUUCACCGAACAGAUCCGAGAGGAAGCAGCGUCGUAUGAUGUUCGUUUUAUCAACAUUGCACCCGGUGUUGUUGAAACCGAACUCUUAUCGCAUACGACAUCGACAAAGAUUGUAGACGAUUAUAAACAAUGGAAAAAAGAAAUGAGUCAACCGUUGGAAAGUGAAGAUGUAGCGAAUUCGAUUAUGUUUGCAUAUCAACAGCCACAACGUGUUUGUAUUCGGGAAAUCGUUCUUUGUCCAACAAGACAAGAUAAAUAG